ACCAGACUACACGGCGCAACAACCCACAAUACAGUCAUCUCCUAAACACGAUCAUUGAUUGUCUACAGUGAAGAUGACUAAAAUACACGUUUGAGUGCACGACACGACGUAUAAAAUAUUUGCUUGAUAAUGGAAAGUGGCCAACAGAAGUUUGUUUUUCCAUGCCCAGUGCUAAUUUGCAAAACAUGUUAAUUUUUAUGGUUUUGUAAAGAUUUUUAUUUAAAUUGAAGUGAAUGUACCAUGAGUUUGUCGGUGAAAGAUUUGACGUCCUUACUUGGGAUCUUAAGUGAAGAAAGCACAGAGUCCCAGAGUCUUGAAUCUCUAGCAUCACAGACACACCAAUGCUUCAGCAAACAGGAUCAUUACAAAGUGGGAUGUGCCAUUAUUCUGCUUCUCCAACAAGCAGAUCUUCUCCCCAAGCCAUGUCAAAGACUGGCAGCCAUUACACUCCUUCAUGACUUGUACAGGGGAGAGUCUAUGGCCAUGAAUCCUUUUGCAACAGUGUUCAUUCAUUUAUUGCAUCAUCCUGAAGAAACCAGCAAGGGUUCAGUACGUAAGCUGGAAUAUGCAGGUCAACUGCCUCGCUUGUCCGCAGUAGAAAAGAACUUCUUAGCACAGCUCAUUACGAACCCAACAAAAGAGCUUCUCAAGAAAACUCCCGGUCAGAUAUUGAGCAGUGAUAUGGGACUGUUUCACAAUGUUGACAUUACAAGCAUCCAACUGGCGCUGGCAGAAAGGCAGUCAGAGCUACCCCAUACUAGUCGGUCUGGAAUUCCCGUUAUAUUACCAGACAAUGAAAUGAGAAUAGGUUCAGUAAGUUUAUUUCCAGAGCAGAGCAUCGCAAAGAAAACUGCUGAAGCACUGUUGGUGGGGCAGAAACCAAUUGUAGAACAGUGCUACAAGCCAGAGUUUUUGCGUCUUGUACCUCCCAUUCACAGCUGUGAGGAUGAGUUGGUCUGGUUAAAUGCAACAGAACCAUCAGAACAUAAGGCAGCAUAUGACAUAACUAUGUGUGUUUCUAAUUGCGAAGGAGUUGAAGCCAAAAGGCUUAUGGCUCGUGCUUUUAAGGGUGCUCUCACACUUCAGCAGCAGCAGCAUUUAUUAGCUGAACUUGAAAAUGAUCCCAAACUGGUAUAUCACAUUGGACUUACUCCAAGCAAGCUUCCAGACUUGGUUGAAAGCAAUCCUUUAAUUGCUAUAGAGGUGCUGCUGAAGUUAAUGCAGUCCAGCCAUAUCACGGAGUAUUUCAGUGUACUUGUGAACAUGGAGAUGUCAUUGCAUUCUAUGGAGGUGGUCAACAGGCUUACAACAACAGUUGAUCUUCCUACUGAAUUUGUACAUCUAUAUAUUUCAAAUUGUAUUUCAACCUGUGAAACUAUCAAGGACCGUUACAUGCAGAAUCGAUUGGUCCGUCUGGUUUGUGUUUUUCUCCAGUCAUUAAUCCGUAACAAGAUUAUCAAUGUGCAGGAGCUGUUUAUUGAAGUGCAGGCCUUUUGUAUUGAGUUCAGUCGAAUUCGUGAGGCAGCAGCACUGUUCCGUUUGCUUAAACAGUUGGAGUCUGGAGAUGCAGGUGUAAGUGCCAAUGGACCAGCAAAGGGAAAGCCUGAUUGUUGAUGGUCCAGCAGUAAGUUAUUCUUACAUGUAAUAAAAUGUGGUUAUAUACAGCACUAGUAUGUGUACUGUGUGUACAUAUUUGCUAAGUAGAGUUCCUAUUUCUACUUAAGCAUCAAGUUUUAGAGUUGGUUUCUUUGUUAUUAUAUGAAGCCCAUUUAAAAUAGUCUCAGUCCAAGGUGAAGGACAUGACUAAAUUUAUUUUAAUUAUUGUAAAUUUUUGUGUUUUGAACUUUGUAGACAAUCACAGAUAUGUGCAUGAACAUGAACUUCGUUAUAAAUGUGGAUCAACAUGAAUAAAUGGAUGCUAUUGAA